UCUGUUUUACAGCUGUUUCAGUUUUACAUCAUUUACUGAUCUUCAUCCAGCUCCUGUUUUCUCAUCUAGUCACGAAGGCAGCUGUGGAAAGCAGGAAGCUGAAGAGGAUGUACCUUGAACUUGGACACCACUGUAACAACAGGAAUGGGAGAGGCCCUGAUUUGGUGAUGGUCCACUUAAUCCUCAGCUGAAAGGUCUAACAAAGGAAUUGUUUGUGCCAGUGAUGGACUGAAAACCAGAGCAAGAACAUUCCCCAGCUAUACAUGGCCUGAAGGAUUUCUUUGGAGCAAGGUCACAAGGCUGAGAUUCAUCCACUGGAUUAGAGAAUUGGAUGUUCCCAAGGUGGAGAAGGCCUGACAAUACCUGAAACACAAUCAAUAACUGAGGUUUUUAAAACAGCUCCCCUCCAAGGCAGUGUCCUCUGAGCCUUCCUUAACCCCAGGAACAGGACAAGUCAAAACAUUUCUGCACCAGAAGAAGCAAACACAUUCCAAGCUUCUGUGUGAAUCCCUCGUGCUGCAAUUCCUGAAGGAAAACUGCAGUUCACAGGUGGAGGCUUUUUAGUUAAGAUCUAAUAUUUGGCUGUGCAACCCCACGUGUUGCUGCAGGAGCCCCAACCAGCCCAUGCUCUGCACGGACACAGGUUUCCUUCUGCAGCAAUCCCCCAGCAGGAGGACACUCCAAACCCCCCCAGCAGCCUCGUGGUGCCCCCUCUCUGUACCUGACCUUGAAAACAUUGCUCUGCGUGGAGCGCUCGAUGCCCAGGUGACACAUGGCAGCUCUGGUCACCUCGAAGCUGUCCUCUGCAAAGCCAGACAAGGGCUGGUUAGAACAGAGCCACGCACACAAACACAGGCAAGCAGGACCCUGCACAGCUCCAGCUCGGCUGGAAUUGUCACAGGACACCAAGGGAGCCAGAGGCAGUUGGGGUAAAUCCCCCAGUACAGGCUGGAGAACCCAGUCCCUGACUCAGUGAUGCCUCUGUGGCUCUGAAGUGAGGCAGCAGGUGCUGAAGCCCAUGCAGAGACAAGACAGUUUCAAAACACAGCCCCAGAGAUGCAAAUUCACCAGCCAGAAACAGCCAGGUUGAGUUUUAAGAUUUAAUAGUGCAAACUGAAACUUCAAAAGAGUCCCACUAAUGCAGGUGGCCCUGGGGCACGGGAUUGAACAGGACAUAUUUUUGCCUGCCUUCCUUUAAAGUUCCAGCUGUUUUUAAUGGACAGUGAAACUCAUCUUUACCAUCCAAGUUUCUUUCAGGAUUUGGCAGCCAGCGGUACUCAGCCCCUUCUGGAAGGUUCCACUCCAGCCUUUCCUCUGCAGUAGCACCUUUUGUGAUCUGCAGGCAGAAAACAAGGAAGGAUUUGUGGUCUGACGGCAUCGGAGGAGCCGCUUUUGGAAAGGCUGUGACUCAGAGAAGUUUGUGCUGCAGCAGAAACUGCUGAGAUAGGCUGCUGUCCCCUUCCUGCUUCCUCUGGAAAACCAUGGAGCCAACCCAAGAGGAAGAAAGAAGAAUGUCCCAAAAACAGCUGAAGGAAGCCUUUAUCAGCAACCUGAACGGAACUAGUUUGCUGGAAAUUUCCGUGGGCUUGUCCCUGCCUCCCCUGUGCCUGCUCUGCAGAGGGCUCCUCCUGAUUCUGUACCACCUGCACUAUGGAAAACCUGUAAGUUCAAGGAAAUACAGCCUGCUGCUGGACUUCCUGGUGCUGGUAUCUCCUCUGCUCUUCUCCUGCACGGUCUUGUCUCCAGUCCUCUUUCUCGUGCCGGUUAUCCUCGCCGCCUUCUGCGCCGGGAUAUUUUCCAAAAUAUGCAGCCGGAGAAAACAGGAGACCAGAGUGCCCUUUGGGCAAAUUGUAAAAGAGUUCCAGCAGGCAUACUUGGAUCCCGACUACAUUCCAGCAAUAACCGUGUUCCGUGUCUAUGUCAACGUGCUGACAACCAUCAGCAUCUUGGCCGUGGAUUUCCCGCAGUAUCCCCGGCGAUACGCCAAAGCCGAGACCUACGGCACGGGAGUUAUGGAUCUGGGGGUCGGAGCUUUCGUCUUUGGCAACGCCCUCGUUUGUCCUGAGGUUCGACAGAAGUCUCAUGUGGCACAGCCCAAGUUUUCCAACCUGGCCAGGCAGCUCUUUUCCGUUUGGCCCUUGGUCUCCCUCGGCGUGGGGCGACUGCUGAGCGUUAAAUCCAUAGAUUACCACGAACACACGUCGGAGUACGGAGUGCACUGGAAUUUCUUCUUUACCUUGGCUUCCGUGAGACUUGCAGCAUCUCUACUUUUAGCCAUAUUUCCUAAAAAUAAGUCUUGGAUCGUGGCUCUGACUCUGGCUGCACUUCAUCAGCUCAUUCUCAACACUACCUCUCUGAAGACGUUUCUCCUGCACGGGAGCAGCGGCAGGGACAGCAGGGUUGGAUUUCUGGAUGCCAACAGGGAGGGGCUGGUCUCUCUCGUUGGGUAUCUGGCCACUUACCUGGCGAGUGUCCAGGUGGGGCUGUGGCUGCUGCAGUGCAGGAGCUCAGUGAAGGGCUGGCUCGGGGCACUGCGGGUCCUGGCCCUGGCAGUCGUGGUGCUGUUCGUGUCCCUCCACGUGUCCCAGGCGCACGCAGACCCCGUGUCCCGCCGGAUGGCCAACCUCUCCUUCUGCCUGUGGGUCGUCGCCCACUCCCUGAUGUUAUUUAUCUUCUUUGUAGCCACUGACCUCACCUUGGUGCUCACAAAGCUGCUGGUGAAGGGCUCCAGCGUACCCUGCAGCUGGAACCUUGCCAAGCCCCCUAAUUCCAACAAAAAGCUCGGAACGGCGGCCGCGCCGGCGGGAAGGGAAGACGAGCUGCCCCAGCCCUGCCUGAUCAGUGCUAUUAACAAAAACCAGCUGCUGUUUUUCUUGCUGGCAAACGUCAUGACCGGUGCUGUGAAUAUCCUGGUGGAUACGAUCCACAGCAAGGCUGCCUUUGCACUGUGCAUAUUGCACUUGUAUAUGUUUGUUAACUGCUUAAUUAUGUCUAUAUUGCACGCCAAAAAUAUAGUAUUAAAGUUUUGGUGAUUUCCACUCUGA